UUGUGAUUGAGUUUUCCAUGAUAUGUAGGUGUUCCAACAAAUUGCAACUCCUUGUACAACCAAAGUCUGGUAUUGUAGCGGAGUGAAAUAAAAAUUUCCCAGCUGAACUAAUGGCCAAAUUUGAUAUUGCAUUGUAAUGAACUGAAGAAAUGAGUUCAUUUUUAAGGCUGAAAUUUUUAGUUCAUUUGAGAUCUAGAAUUACAUUGGGUUUGCAUAAAACUAGGUCUCUACUUCAAAAUGAGUGCAAACCUAAGACUAUUUUAGGACCUACAAUUAUCAGCACAACUUUUUAUAACCUACAUAAGGAUGAAGUAAAUUUUAACCCCUUUGGGAAAAGUAGUCGAGAAGUUGAGGAAGAAGUCAUAAAUAAAGCCUUCAGUAAUCCAGAACCUGAAUUGUUGGAACUCAUGGAAGUUCUCGAAAAAUGUAUCAUUGAAUCAUGCGCCCAAUAUAGAAUUUGCUUGAAAAAACAAAUUGAAAUAAUCGAGAAGUCUUCAAGGAGUGGUAUUUACUCGGAUUACUUAGAUGAGUUGCCCGAAUAUCGUACCCUGGCUUAUGAUCUAAACCAUGAGCUAAAUAAUUACAUAGUUCUCCUUAAAACUGUUGGGGAAAUGACCUACCAACAUUUAAUCAGUUCUGCUAAGGGAGAAUCGAUCAAAAACAUUAAUUUGAUCAGUGAAAAAUAUAAAAAUUUAGAAGUAUUGCUGCAGAAACAAUUAGAUGAGAAUAGAAAGUUCGAAUUUGAACUGAACAAUGCAAAUCGUAUUAUGAUAAUGAACACCAAAGCUGAUUAUUGAAAAAAGUAAUCCAAGAUGAGUACUCAAAGAGGUAAUGCCAGCCGACAGAGAGCCCAAAAAUAUAAGAACACAACAGCCUUCAAAAACACUAUGCAUGACAAAAGUGAUAAAACAAAAAUGAUAAACAGUUUACAAAUCAAUGAUGUAUGUACACGUUGCAAGGAGGUUAUCGCAUGGAAGAUCAAAUACAAAAAGUAUAAGCCUCUAACGCAACUCAAAACUUGUGUUGCUUGUGGGGAGAAAACAGUCAAAAGAGCAUAUCAUGUGAUGUGUGUGAAGUGUGGCAUAAAAACUGGAAAAUGUACAAAAUGUUGCAAAUCUGAAGAAGUUGUUGAAGUCACAGUUGAAGAGAAACCAUUCAAAGUAGACAGGGAAAUGAGGUUUAUAAUCAAAGAAUUACCAGAAAGACGAAGAAGAACUUUUAAUAGAUAUAUGGAAAAGAAGAUGGAAGAAAAGUUGAGUAAUGAGGAACUUAAAGAGGAUUUACUGAAGAAAUUAGAAGCCUUGAAAGUUGAUGAUAAGGAUGAUGAGGAUGAUGAUUUUGGGUUAAGUGAUGGAGGAGAAUCUUUAGAAUGUGAAUCCUCAGAAGAUGAAUAAAAAUUAUCAUUGAACAAA